UUCCGGGGCAACGUUGCAUUGUCUACUCAAACUGCCGAGAAGUCUCAAACCCCCGUACCACGGGCUGGGCAAUAAACUGGACGAAGUCCGAGCCGAGCUGUCCAUCGCCGAAAUACUCAUCAUCGAUGAGAUUUCCAUGGUGUCGAAAGACCUCUUCGCCUACGUGAAUGCCAGGUUGAAACAAAUCAAAGGAAUUAAUUUACCUUUCGGUGGCAUGUCUGUUCUUGCUGUUGGAGAUUUCUUUCAGCUCCCUCCCGUGAGACAGUCCAAACCUCUGUGCGUGUACGAUCCUACGCGGCUGGACCACUGGCGUGACGACUUCAAAAAGAUCACGCUCACCGCCAUCAUGAGGCAGAAAGACGAUGUCGCCUUUGCCGAACUGCUGAACCGACUCCGCGUCAAAGAAAAGUCAGAUGAACUGUCGGAAAUGGACAGAGCUCUCCUUGCCACGAGGUACACUUCCCCAGAAAUGUGUCCAAAGCAUAUUCUGCAUGUUUUUGCCACCAAUAAACAGGUGGAUGGCCAUAACUCUGCGAUGCUGGAACUGCUUCAUAAGGACAUUGUGCAGAUUGACGCGGAUGACUACAAGAAAGACAAAGGAACUGGCAGAAUGGCAAGACUGGAGGAGAAGCUGAACAAGGCUGGAGUGACGCGCCGACAGUUUCCCAUCAAGCUUGCUUUUGCCUGCACGAUCCACAAGGUACAAGGCAUGACAACGUCACAGGCUGCAGUUUCGCUGAAAGGUGUUUUCGAACACGGCAUGGGGUACGUAGCUCUGAGUAGAGUGACUUCGCUCAGUGGUCUGCAUAUUCUGCAUAUGGAUGAGAGAAGGCUUCAUGCAAAUCCACAAAUCACUGCUGCUCUUGCUGAGAUGGCAGAGGAUUCUUUGGAGAGCGUCAUGCCCCUCCUUCACGUGAUGCCGUCGGUAGAUCGGGCAAAUCACCUGGUUGUCGUCCAUCAUAACACCGAAGGGCUGUCUUGUCACGUGCAAGAUAUCGUGUCUCAUCACGAACUGCUUUUCGCUGAUGUUUUGUGCUUCACAGAGACACACCUCCAAGGAUCAGUGGCCGAUGGACGUGCUUGCUUGGAAGGCUACACGAUGUUUUGCAGGAACCGAAGUGAUUCUUACACAAACUGUCCUGACUUGGCGACAAAACGUGGUGGCGGCGUAGGUAUUUGUGUCAAAAGUCACAUCGCGGCCCAGGAAAAGAAAUACGUUCAGGGUGUGACCGACAUUGAAUUUGUUGUGGUGAAACUUGAAGAUCCCCUCAAUGUGUUGAUUGCUGCCGUUUACAGGCCUCCAGGCAACAGUCUGCGCACUUUUCUGCCAAGCUUGGGAAAUCUCUUGCGGUACCUUGAAGUAAUGGAGCAUCAUCAGAUCUUGGUAUGUGGAGAUUUUAAUGAAGAUAUGCUAUCUGCCUCAUUCAAGCCCAUUCUUGAUUUGUUCCGCUCGAAAGGCUACACGCAACUCAUAGCCACUGCUACCACUGACAAAAACACAUUGCUUGACCUCAUUUUUGUCUCUCGACCUCAGUGUGCCCUUCAUUCAGGUGUCCUGCAAACGUACUACAGCUAUCACAAUCCUGUUUUCUGUGUUUUGACCAGUGAAAGGUAAGUCACAGCUAAAUCAGCAUUUUCUAAAACAACAAGGAUGGAAAUCGAAACGUCAACGGUGUCGUAAGUGUAUAAUAAUAGUGGUGGGAUGCGGUGGGUGAUUUGUUGACUUGAGGAGAGAUGGGAUCCAGAGUGGAAGUGCUCAUUACUUGACCUCUUUUUCUUUCUCUCGACCUCUGUGCUCUUUAUUCAGGUUCCGUGCGAACAUACAACAGCUAUCACAAUCCUGUUUUCUGUGUUUUGACCAGUGAAAGGUAAGUCAAAUCUAUAUCAUGUUUUUCAGUAGUUGGAAAAACAACGAGGACAGACGUCGAAUGGCGUAAGUGUAUAAUAUUAGUGGUGGGAUGUGGUGGGUGAUUUGUUGACUAGAGAUGAAAUGGGAUCUGGGGCUCAGAAUGGUAAACGUAAUGUUGCCAUUAGCCUCACAAUUUCCACAUAGAAAAUAACUACCAACCCAUGUGGAUAGCGAUAGCUGGAAAAGCAGCUUUAUACUGAUAAUAUAAAUUGGUGGCAAUGAAGUCCACCCCUAUUUUGGACACUGAGGUUUGUGCAUGAUGCUAGCAAUAAACCUGUUGCCUGGCUGGCAUUACAAAUGGAGAAAACAUCGAAUUGGAAAAUACUUAUCGAUGGCAAAGGUUUGCUUGACGCGAGAAACAUGCUUCAGAGUGAGUGAAGGGGAGACGGAGAGGAGUGGCCUUUUUAACUUGGAUUCACUUUUAUCAUUUUUAAAUGGUCCCAGGCAAAUCAUAGAAGAGUGAUAAAUGGAAACAAACCGUGAGUAAAGCCUUACAUGAAACUGUCAUUAAAAAGUAUCAUGAGUAAAGGUGGUCAUACAUGUAAAGACAAGGACAGUUGAUGUAGCUGAACUCAUGUCUGUGGUGGUAAGUUGAGAUGGGCCUGUAUGUUGAGAUGGAAUGGGGGUUGUUGUGGACUCAAGUUCAGUUAAGGGAAGGCCAAGGCUUUUGAAAUUUUCUACAAGCCUUCCCUUAACUUGAUGUAACUUUUUAAAAUUUUAAACUUUUUAGACUUUUUAAUUAGCUUUCAAAAAGUCUUCCCUUAACUCAAGUUGAUUUAACUUUUUAACUUGUAACAUUUUUAACUUUUUAAACUUUUAACUUAAAAUGCUCACUUUCUAAAUUUUUAACUCUUGUAACAUUUUUAACUUUUUAAACUUUUAACUUAAAAUGCUCACUUUCUAAAUUUUUAACUCUUGUAACAUUUUUAACUUUUUAAACUUUUAACUUAAAAUGUUUCACUUUCCAAAUUUUUAACUUUUGAAACUUUUACAUUUUUUAAACUAUCUUAGACGAGUUAAGGGGAGACUUUUUAGCGUUUUACAUGUUUUUAUUUCUGAUUUUAGUUAUAGAAAGGCCUUUUAAACUUUUUUUUUUGAAUUGUUUUUCACAUUAAUUACUUCAUUUUUUUAUGUAUUAUAUUUUUUCUACGUCAUAAUCGUGAGGCGACAACAGAAAACAGACGAGGUAAGUUUCUCAUCAUUAGACAUGUUUUAUCUUUCUUUCAAAAGACACUAAAUGCUGCUAUUUCACUCUUCUGUAUUUUAACAGUUCAUUUUAUGUGGCGAAAGCAGCUCAUCCACAGUCCACUGACCAAAGACAUCCUCUCUUCGGCCAUGUACCAGCCAAAUGCCGCCUUAAGUCCAGGAAAAGUUUUCUGAAAAGUGUCCCACCCCUCAGAACGCCGAACACAGGCAGUGAAAGAGUCACUCGGCGGGAAGAAAGACUUGACAAUCUUCCACCAGAAACUACAAUGGAGCUUAAAGCAAGCGAGGCAAUGACCCCAGGAGCAGACACCAACUAUGUAUGCAACGUGGAAAUGCCUAAAUAGACUAAGAUCUGGUGUUGGACGUGCAAAAGUCACUCUCGCCAAAUGGGGACAUCUGGAGGAUCGGAACAGCGAGUGUGACUGUGGCACUGAACCACAGACCAUGCAACACCUCCUGCCCCUGCUGGAACAUCCCUGCACAGCAUCGAAUUUAGCAGAGUUUAACGAGAAGGGACAGAAAUGUGUUCAGCUGUGGCUCAACCACAUCUAGCCAAGCCUGUAACUAACUGCCUUGUAGCCACGA